AUUUCUCAUCUACCCGUGACACCUUCUCAUCACUCACCUCUUCCUUUUUUUCUGGUCAAAAGAACUAUAAUUAAGUCCUCUCUCUUUCUUUCACACAACACAACACAACACAAGAUGACUUCUAUCAUCUCACAAGGUCUUGUUCUCACCACUGCCAUGCUUCUCUCAACAACUCUGUUUUAUGUUGCCUUCUCUUGGCACAAGGCCACCCCAUCAUCAUUUCAAAUUCACCAUCCUAACAAACCCACCUUACGCUCUUGCUUGUAUUCAGAGGAAAAGAAAAGGGAGAGAAAGAAGAAGAAGAAAGUAAAAUUUGCAGAAAAUGUGAAGGAUGGAAGAGAAAGGAAUGAGGAAAAGAGAGUAUCAAGGAACUGCAGGCAUGAAACAUCGGAAAGCAGUGGCAUGCAAGCGAACAGAAUGGCUUUGUAUAACGGGAUUUUGAGAGACCGUGUGCAUAGAAUGGAGUGUUCAUACUAAGAUUAGAUUCAACAACAUUGUACCUUGGAAUAGUAGUUGUACUCAACAUGUGUUGGGACUUUCAGCAACACAAAAUCUCAUCAACCUCUCUCUUUCUCUCUCCUAAUUUUCAAAUAUAAUUUUGUGGUGAGGAGGCUGCUGAUACAAUGCAAAAAUAAAAAAUUAAAAUUAAAAUUAAAAUCUGGGGUGUUUUCGUGGUUGUAGAUCGUACUGGGUUUUGUCCAACGGCGUUUAUGAAGUAUUUCGCACACUUUUGUUUUCUUCUGCUUCCACCCACUUCAAUCAAACAAAUUUUUAUUUGUGUCUGUA